UAACUCAAAUUUAAGAGAAAACGAAGGGGCGAGAGAGAGGGAGAGAGAGAGAGAGAGAGAGAAAGAAAGGAGGGAGGAGCGAGAGAUGGGGAAGGAUCUGAGCGACGAGCAGGUGGCGUCGAUGCGGGAGGCGUUCUCGCUGUUCGACACGGACGGCGACGGGCGGAUCGCUCCGUCGGAGCUGGGGAUCCUGAUGCGGUCGCUGGGCGGCAACCCGACGCAGGCGCAGCUGAAAGAGAUCGCGGCGGCAGAGAACCUGACGGCGCCCUUCGACUUCCCCCGCUUCCUGGAGCUGAUGCGCGCCCACCUCCGGCCGGAGCCCUUCGACCGCCCCCUCCGCGACGCCUUCCGCGUCCUCGACAAGGACGGCACCGGCGUCGUCGCCGUCGCCGACCUCCGCCAUGUCCUCACCAGCAUCGGCGAGAAGCUCGACCCCGCCGAGUUCGACGAGUGGAUCCGCGAGGUCGACGUCGCCCCCAAUGGCACCAUCCGCUACGAGGAGUUCAUCCAGCGCAUGACCGCCAAGUGAAAAAAAGAAAGAAAAAAGAGCUCAACUACCAUGCCGCUAAGCUUUCCCUUCCCAGCGAUUGGAGUUGUUUCUAAAGUUGUACUGGCAAAGGGAAAAGAAUGCCUGACUUGUUGAAUCUUAUUAUUUACUGGCCAAUCCCUUGAGAACAUUAAAGAUUCUUCGGCUAAUUGGUGUUGCAAAUCACUAAAGAACUGCUCUAAUGUAACUAUUGUCCAAUUUCAGGUUAUACACUGUGAACUGUUGCUGUAUCUGCAUAUUUUAGUGUUAAUUUAAUAGUAAACUGAUAUAUGGGUUUAAAGGUUUGCAUGUGCUGUCCCUUGUUUAAUGUUGAUAUUCUGCUGGAGCUCCAUUUUAAUAUUUUUAUAGAAAAUUUAUUCUCAAUUUGCUUGUUCUUGCUUUAUUGGACCUGCUCUAGCAUUUGGACUAGCUUUAAAAAAAUUAUGAUACACAACUAGUAUCUGUUAAAUUUGUGUUUCUGCUGUUAUUCCAUGGAAAUCAUGGACAUUCUGCACUGACCCAGAUACGGAACUAGCAUCCCCUUCAACUUAUUCUUGCUUUUUCAGUUUUUAUCCUCCCAUAUUUUUCUGUAUGAACAUUUCCCUUACAAAUCACAUCAUCCCCUAACUUUUUGGCAGCAUGAUAAGAUAUGUAACUCGUCUUGAAAUGUUCUAUCUGUCAUGUAUUUGUAACUUCUGAUAAUUAAGUAUUUUCUGCUAUUCUAGAACUAUCUGGAAUUAAGCUAUCGCUUUCUUGAAUCCUGCA